GUACACCGAGAGUCAGAUUGCAGCAUUUUUUAGAUUCGAACUGGUAGACCUGCUAAGACGUCACAAUGGGGUCACUGAUGGCCAAAGCAAUGGAUGAGAGUUUCAAAAAGAACAAGGAAUUCAUGACUGAAAUGCAAGUUACCACCGUCCAACGUCAAAUUCAGAUGCAGAAUAAAAUGAGAGAACGUGGUAUGGCGAUGCAGCUUGCAGGGUCGAGAGAACUCUUCAAUUGGUUAGCUUCGUUCUAUGGUGUUGUUGCAGUAGCAGGCUUGGCUGGCGCUGCUAAAGGUAGCAAGGCGGCUCUUGUUCCGCUGAUACCUCUUACCUUCCUAGUCGGUUACCAGUGGGACUACUGCUUUAAUACCAAGGUAGAGAGAAUAAGAAAGGAAGCUGAGCGCAUCUUGAACGAAGAACCUUCUAUCCUGUCACUACCUAAUGGUCUUCCAACCUUUGAGGAUAUCGAAGCAGCCAGGACUAAGGCAUCAAAACAGGACUAAAUCUCACCUAAUACCUAUCUAUGAUGCAAGUGUACAAGUGCUCUUCU